AUUUCUGGCUCGUUUUGAGGGCUGUGCAGUGCGCUUCGUCCAGGACCUUCAAAGAAGCUUCCUGCGUGGGCAUAAAAGGAGGAAGGGUCCCCAAUCUUCCUUCUUCCCAAGUGGUUUCCCAUUCCUGCGGUGACCAUGAUGUUCACUCUCCUCAACAUCCUGCUGCCCAGUGUCCUUGCAGCAGACUUCAAGUACUGCGGCAAACACCAAGUGCGCACAGCCGGUGAUGUGAACGUCGAAACCAACCAGUGGAACAAUGACAACAACCUCCUCACGCAGUGCGUCGAUGUCGCAUAUGACGAGGCUCGCGGAACCGUUAGCUGGGAUGUGGAAUGGCAACAACCACAAAAGACAAUCAUGCCCCAUGGCUACCCAAACUUGCAACUCGUCCAUGGUGUGCCUGUGCGAGUUCGCGAUAUUGUUUACCUCAAUGCUGCUACGUCGUGGACGUAUCAGAUUGUUGAUGCACCUGAAGAUACUGAGAUGCAGAGUGCUGGUGUGCGUACCAACGUUGCUUUUGACAUGUUUUUCGAUUUGGAUGCCAAGAAGGCCAAGGAUACGGGCAAAGCUAGCGUUGAGGUGAUGAUCUGGUGCGCUCAGUUUGGUCGUGUCGUGCCAUUGGGUUACGAUAGUGCACCACCUACUGCUGAGAUUACGCUGGAAGGUGUGGAUUGGUGGAUUUACAAGGCAUCCAAUGUCCAGGGUCAAACGGUCAUUACCUUCUUGCCAAAGAAUGGAAAGCGCUCACCCAGCGUCGAUUGGCACAUCAUGGACUUUUUGCGUGAAGUGGGAAAGAUCUUUCCGGAUUUGUUUGUGCCGAUGUUGUGGAUGGGUCACUUGCAGGUUGGAUCUGAGUUGUUUGAAGCGGUUCGUCGUCCAUCCCUCAAGACAGCGCAAAGGCUAACCACUCUAGACCAAAAAGAUCAAGCUCUCUUUUACCGAUACCAAGAUCCUCCUUGGCGCUGUAGCAGAUGCAGAGAAACCACCCAAGGGUGCUGAUGGAAAGGAUGACACCGCAACCGCAACCGCAACGAAACCCAACAAUGUCGCCAAACCGAAACCCACUUCUACAGCAUUCGCUACGUUUGCACCACCAGACUUACCGGGUGUGCCACGCGAGGAAACGGCAUCUGGACAGAAUGUCACGGCGACGUCAGAGUUAGGUCUCAUCAAAGUCGAUCCAAGCGCUAUUGCAGCACCAGAAGCAACGAAUGUGAUUGUGAAUGGUGGUCGUGGUGCAAGUGGUAGCAAGAGUGCUGCAUCGAGCAUUGCUGUGUUGAGUAUGGGACUCUUGAGCACGAUGGCGGCUCUCGUGUUUGGUAUCAUGAUGCUGUGAGCAUUUGACAACUUGACCAUUCUUUCUGAUAAUAGACGGCAUCAUUGGCCAUAGUAUGAGCUUCAGCCUAGCACAAGUAUCUGAUUUUCAUUGAGUAGCAGCAGUACAGUGCAAGUCUUGUCCU